AUGAAGCACCUCACGAAACGCGAAAAUCACACUGUGAACCUUCCUGAGCGGGGAUCUCAAGCAGCACUGCUUUCAGUAGAGACUAAUGAAGUGGUCCCCAAGAUUAACAACGUGAACAACAGGCCCACCUCCAGGAACGACACCAGCAGUAGCUACUGGACUAUCUACUGGUCCAUCUCAAGCCCCACUCCUUGGCCUGGAAGGCAACUACUCCAACUCACAUACCAAUUCAGGACCGACUCCCGCCUACCUUUCCUGGACUUUCAUUUCCCUGGUCCAUCUCUAGGACAGCCCCGCAUCUGGACGCCUAGGCCCCACAUCAGAACCUUUUAUUAA